AUGAAGUUUCAUCCUGUACAGCCUUACUUACUUGCUAGUGGAUGCCUCGGUGGCAGUGUGAGACUGUGGAAUUUGGAUUGCUUAGCGAAAAUUGGCGAUGCGAAGAGCGAAGGAACUGCAGAGAUUUCAUCUGUGUGUGUUUGGAAACAUUCAGGUGCAAUUGCAUCCCUCGCUUUUCACCAUCUUCACCCUAUAUUAGUUGUUGCCUGGACUCAAGAAGUGGUGUUUUAUGAUUGGGUAUCUGGUCGAAUGCUCUCAGUUUGGCGUUUUGUGUCCAAUCACUCACGUGUUAGGUGGGUGAAAUUCGCUCCUGAUGGAACCGUCUUAUACACAGCAACUGCCAAUCCAACCAGUACUGAAUCAACUCAUGUGCAUAAGUCACCUUGUCAAACAGUAAACAACAGUCCAACAAAAGUGGAACCCAUUAAAGCAUCCGUGAAGAAACCAUUGGAUUGUAGUAACACCAGCGAGGCUGUCCAGAAUACAUGUAACGGUUUAGUACCUCGUGAUGCUCUUCUAAGUUAUCUUGCUAAAUGCACUGAUUCUUGGUUUCAAAACCUGAAUAUAUGUCCUGUUUGUUCAGUCCGCUUAUGUCGGUGGGCUGGGACUCUUGGACCAAAGUUUCCUGCAGUGACAACGGAUAUUCACUUAGGUAUGUCAGUAGCGCAGCAAGCAGCAGCUGUAGCUGCUACCACCACUUCCGCGAACAUGCUUCCUUCCCAUGUUCAAGAGCUCCUCAAUCUACGUAAUCCAAACCGCCGUUCCGAAAUAUCUGAGCGUCUGCAUCGUGAUGCCAACCCGGCAGCUGUAGCCAUAAUUGAAGACAUGCCGGUCCACGAAUUCCUAUUGUCAAGAGGUAACUAUUGUCAAUUUCCAAACGUUGCUAUUCAAAACGGUGGUAUAUGUUGCGGUGGCCAUGCUUGUGAUUUGGUAAUUACCCAUCGUGAUUUAAUGCGUCAUUCCCUAUGCCGGCCUUGCCUGUCAUCAUUUUGGUGCUGGGCUAGUAAACAUGUUGCUUGGUGGCGAUGGUCAUUUCCUACUAGCUCUGAUCAGCCUUUGAGCCCGGUAAUACGUGAUAUUAACAGAACAUGUGGUCCACAACCUAUUUCGGAUGCCAAACAGAAAUCAAAUAUCGUUGAAAAGUCUUCUGGAGUAUGCUCUGUUGGCAUUUGUAUUCAGUGUCAAGCGAAAAUGUCUUCCCAGUUACAGUCAUCUUCAAGUUCUUCCGUAUCGUCGCAUGGAAUUAGUUCUUUAACUCCUGUAUCUAGUGUUGAUACUGUUUCAUCACAUAGUGAAAAGUCUUCAAAAUCCCAUCACUUUAUUCCACUUGCAGCACUGGAUCUUUUGCGCUCAAGGUUGAGUAAUGCCCAUGAAGUGACUCCUAUAACCUAUGUAGCGACAGAUUUAAUCAGUGAUUAUGUUUUCUCUCAGUACAUCAAGAAACUUUUGACUGUUGACCAUUAUUCUGGUAUUAGUUUACCUCGAAACCUCUGGAACCCUGUGACAACUACUUACAACGAUGAAGUAAACAACACAACUGUUUGUGUCUCUUCGUCCAAGCGUCGGAAACUAGAUCACCCCUUACAGAAUCAGUCUGUGUUGAAUCACGUGAAUAAUCACUCGUCGUUAAAUAGUCUUCCUGAGUGCCAAGCACUAGAUAUUUAUUCUAAUACAAACAGUGGAAUUUUAGAAUGUAGUCCAAGCACUUCCACAACGUGUGAACUCCAGUUGCCUCAGGAAGCUUCUGAUUUGGGUACAUAUAUGCGUGAUAACCCUGAUAACGAUUGGAACUAUCCGCGUCCAGCUGCCGUUCAUUGCUCUUCGAAACUUUCAUCCUGGGUGCCCUCACUAAUUUUUCCAUACGUUCAAGGUGGGGCUUCUCUUCUAAAAUCUCCUCGUCACGUGAAUAGUUCUUCAUCGCAACUAGUACUCGGAAAUCCUGUUUCACAGUGUUCACGUACAAGCAAAAGUCCUGAGAACGAAACACAACUUACAGAUGUUUGUAAUGCUGAUUAUGACGAAGCUUAUGAUAGAAGUUCAAUGACAGCGUGUUGUCGCUGUGGCCAUAUUGUUCUUCGAACAUUUCCCGUUGAUCCGCAUUCCAAUUUGAGCGCAGCAGUGUGUGAAAAACUAGUUUGCGCGGAAAACCAGUCCAAUGACUCAGCAAAUCAGAGUGGUCCUUCAGAUUCUAAUGAUUCAAGCUCAUCGUCACGUUCAUUAUAUCAGUCUGAUCCGUCUUCAUCGCAUCCUCAUUCAUCUAUCUCGACACGUUUGACUACUCAUUGUAGACAAAGUCAAUCUGGUGCUGGGAAAUCAAAUAGCCCUGUCCAUCUUAUGGAACACAAUGGGAAUAACUCUGUGUUAAAUGUGGUGAACCGUGGCAUAACUGAAGUCAUAACAGGUUUGUUUAUCGAUAUGGGGGAAUAUGGCUCUGCAUCCAAUCUUCAAGAUGUAACAUAUCGUAUAUGUCGAUGGGAAUUGAGUUUGUGCAGCUCUGCUCACAGCAUCCACCGAGAAUGCACUGUAUCUGAUGAAAGUCGUGAAGAUCUCGACGAAAAUGAUGGGACUAAAACUUCAUGCUUGCCCAUGCCGACGAAUGUUGCUGUGUCUUACAAUAACAAUAGUCUUGUUGUCCCUCAUGCUCGCUUGUUUAAUGACUCAUCGAUUUGUAUCUCUCCAGAUGGUCGGCUUCUUGCUGCAUUCGUCAUUCCUCGAGAAACAUCUUACUCUACAUUACAGUCCUCAUCAAAUAUACUGAAAACUAUUCUGGCUGUAUAUCGUUUACAACCAGAGCAUAAUCGUGGGCAGUGUCUUUUUAGCCGCCAUUUUGCUGCACUGAGUCCAGUCUGUCUUGACUUCAGUCCUAUGGGAGAUUAUCUAGCUGUAGGUUUUGCAACAACUCGCAUACCUUCAGAAUCCUACUCUUCCGUAAGGCAAGCAUCUGUUAAUAGAGAUCUUAUAAGUUAUGGCGAUUCAACUUCUCUUGAAUCAUCGAAUUCUCAGGAAUCAAACAUAAAAUAUUCUGAUCAGAGACAGUCUUCGGUCGCUAGUGUUUUUCAUCUUGAACGUGUCAAAAACCCUAAAAAUCAACGUGUUUCUCGGUGCUUGCGUGAUAUACAGAAUAUUAAACACCCUGCACUUUUGGAACCGAUCUCAUCAAGAUAUAUUGAGAAUUCUGAGACAUCAGUAGACAAGUUGGAUCGUUGGCAUCGUCUAUUACUUUCUGCUCCCAGUGGUCUCUCUUUAAAUACCAUUGUUUGGAAUACCAAUGGUAGCAUUCUCUAUGGUACUACAAAAGGCCUCAUCGUAAUUUCACGUGGUAAUUCGUCUUCUUCAAUAUCUGUUCUCCCACUCGAGUGUACUAAAUCACACUUCCAGUCUGCCGAUGAGUGUGAAGUUUCCUAUAGAAGAAAGUAUUUUAUUAAUCGAACACAGCAUAUUCCUGAUUCACAUAAUAAUCUUCCUAUUUCCCAGCGUCAUAUAGCAAUUUAA